AUGGAGGCAUACCGAGAUCGUGCCCGUCAGCUGGCCGGCAGAUCCCUAGUGGUUGGGCUGUCUGCCUUGUCAUCCGCUGGAUCGAAGGUGGCCCGAGCCGCGGUCGCGGGUGUCGGUGCUCUCACCGCGACCGACCGCGAGAAGGUCACUGCCGUAAGGUUUGCCAGCCUGGAAGGCCAGGGCGGGUCGCCCGUGCUCCUGGUGGCCUACGAGACUGGUUUCCAAGUUUGGAGCCUGGAAAACUCCUCCGAGCCCCUGGAGCUCGUGUCUCGGCGUGACGGACCCGUCAGGCUGUUGGACAUGCUGGCUCCCCCCGCCGCCCCGGCAAUGGCGGUGGCAUCGGUGGUGCCCGACAGCCCUCUGGCGGGCAUGCACCCAGUCCUGGUGCUGGCCCCGGGGUCCACGCCCGCCCACCCCGACCCCCCGCCCGCACUCCGCUUCUACUCGCUGCGAUCCCACGCCACGGUGCACAGCCUGGCGCUGUCGGCGCCGGCGUUGGCGCUGGCCGCCUCGCGCCGCCUGCUCCUGAUUUCCUUCCCGGGCCAGCUGGCCGCCUUUGACGCCGUGACCCUGGAGCAGAAGUUCACCUGCCUGGCCUACAGCCCGCCCUCAUUGCCCCACCCCUCCGUGAACUCAAAUGGCCAUGAGGCCGCCACCCCCCUCCCCGCCGCGGUGCCCUUCGCCCUGGGCCCGGCAUGGCUGGCAUACCCCUCGCCCCAGCUCGCCGCAUGGCGCGGCGGGCAGGGCCACGCGGCGUCGGCAGGGGCCGGCAUCGGCGCAGGGCCCGGACCCGGGUCCGGCGCCGAGGGACCCGUCGCCGUCGCCGACGCCCUCGUGCCUGGGACGGUGGUGGUGAGGGAGGUGGGCGGCCUCCGCGUGGUCGCGCACUUCCGGGCGCACACCUCGGCGCUGGCCGCGCUGGCCUUCGACCCCUCCGGCAUGCUCCUGGCCACGGCCUCGACCGCGGGGCGCAGCGUGCGUGUGUGGCGGGUGGUCACGCCCACCGGCCGCGCGGCAGGGGCCGCUCCGGAUGCCACAGCGCGACCCUCGCCGGUGCAGUGCCUGGCGUGCCUGGUGCGGGGCCUGACCCCGGCCUCCAUCCAGGGCCUGGCCUUCUCGCCCGACACGCGGAGCGACGGCGAGGCGCCGGGCGGGGCCUCGCCCGCCGCACCCACCAGCGUCCCCGCCCUGCGCGAGGCGGAGCGCUGGGACCUGGGCCGGCGCUACGGCUGGCUGGAGCGCGAGGGGGAGGUGGCUGGCUCGCCCGGGGAGGACAGCGACGCGGCGGUCGACGGUGAGCGUCAUGCAGACGCAGCCGGGGUCCAGGAGGACGGCGCCGCGUCGCCGCGCGAGCGCCAGCGCUGGCUGGCGCAGGUGGAGCCGGUGUGGGGGUACUGGCCGGAGCCGGAGCUGGCGCUGCGCGCCGCGGUGCGCCUCUGCCCGCAGGGCUCUGCGGCCUGA